CAUUGUCUGUGAUUCUAAAGAAAAUAGGCAUACGAUUGCACAAGUUUUUGAUAAGUUGUUUGCCAGUCUAUACUGUCAGGCAGUUAAGUAAGAUUAUUUACAUGCAACUGCAUUGUAAUUGUUCAGUUACAUCCAAGUAAAAGUAUUCUAGUUAUGGCGGUUCGUGUUCAAUUUGAAAAUAAUAAUGAGGUUGGAGUUUUCUCCAAACUGACGAAUUCAUAUUGCCUCGUUGCAAUAGGGGGAUCAGAGAACUUUUACAGUGUAUUUGAAGCAGAACUUGCUGACACAGUCCCAGUGAUACAUGCUUCAGUUGCUGGUUGUCGUAUAAUUGGACGAAUGUGUGUUGGAAACAAGAAUGGACUUCUAGUUCCCAACUCUACCACAGACACAGAGCUGCAGCACUUGAGGAACUCUCUUCCAGACACAGUUUGUGUGCAGCGUGUCGAGGAACGGUUGUCAGCACUGGGCAAUGUGGUGGCAUGCAAUGACUAUGUUGCUCUUGUGCAUCCUGACUUGGACAGGGAAACAGAGGAGAUUCUGGCUGAUGUUCUCAAGGUUGAAGUGUUCCGUCAGACAGUUGCAUCAAAUGUUCUGGUUGGUUCCUACUGCAUCCUCUCAAACCAGGGAGGGUUGGUGCACCCACACACAUCUGUUCAGGACCAGGAUGAGUUGUCCUCAUUGCUUCAAGUUCCGCUUGUUGCAGGCACAGUUAACCGAGGCUCUGAGGUGAUUGCUGCAGGCAUGGUAGUGAAUGACUGGUGCUCCUUCUGUGGCAUGGAUACAACAUCAACAGAGUUGUCUGUGAUAGAGAGCAUCUUCAAGUUGAAUGAAGCACAACCAUCUGCCAUAGCAACCACUAUGCGGGCAUCCCUCAUUGAAAGUAUGUCGUGAUGUGGCAAGGCAUUAUGGUAAGUGCACCUGAACCUGCUGGAGGUUUCAUCAACUAAGAAAUAACAUAAGAUGGAGAGAUUGAAAAUAAAAUUAAUUCUGACAUGUUAGGAAAGAGAAGAGCAUUUGCAAGAAGAUACCACAUGUGCAGUUUUGUGUGUGUGUAUACAUACAAGCACAAAUGAGUCUUUAUAAGUAAUUGAUUUUAUCUUGUUAUACCAGUUAUCUUAGUAGCUCAGUCUACAAAUAUAUCUUUUAUGUUUAGGAUUGAGUUUUUUAUGUUGAUACUGGUAUAAAUGGUUUUUGUACAAAGUUACUGUGUGUUGGUGCUAAAUUAUAGAAGAUAUCACUGAUUGAAGGCAGUGUUUUUAUUUUGAUGACUUCUGGAUUAUAUGAUGCCUACUUUUAGUUUAAGUCAGAAGAAAAGUUAAGUGUAACUUAGUGGGUCAAGAAAUUCCCUUCUUUUAUUGAA